CUGUCGCUGUCACUAAACCUUCACACACACUAGCUCUUCUAGAGGAAAGUUAAAUGAGAUUAUUUCACGUUCUUUUCUAAGCCAUGUCCGGUGCAUGCUGCUGGUCUCCUUGUAAAUAUAUCCGAAAUCCAAAGGUCGCCUUUGCGCGCGUGAAACAUUUUUAAACUGGGAUUAAAUCAGAUCAAUUUGGACCAAAUCUGGAAAACUUGUGGAUAUUAUUGUGCAUUGGCGGAUUCGGAGAUUUUCCUUCUGGAUCCCUUCCUCCAUCCGUGAAGCACCUGGACUGAAGAAGGGCUCGUGGGGUUGUGAGUGAUUGAGUGCGCGCGCGCUCCUCUUCGCUCCUACCGCAGGACGAGAUGCGACUGCAGGUGCUCGCGCUUCUCCUGCUUCAUCUGCAAGGGUCUCCUGCUCAAGCUCAAGAAGUUUGCCCAGGGACGAAGAAUGGUCUCAGUUCUACAGGGAGCUCUGUGCAGCACUACAGUAACUUGAAGGAACGCUACAAUGGCUGUGAGAUCAUCAUUGGCAACCUGGAAAUCACCCAGAUGGAGCAGGACUUCGACUUCUCCUUUCUAAAAAAUGUUCGGGAAGUGACAGGCUACGUCCUCAUUGCCGCAAACCAGUUUCUCCGGCUUCCUAUAGAGCAGCUGCGAGUGAUCCGUGGCAGCACGCUGUAUGAGAAGAAAUGGGCACUUUGUGUCAUUUUAAACUUUGAAGGCCAGCAUGGACUGGUGGACCUGGGGUUUACUCAUCUCACAGAGAUCCUGGUUGGUGGAGUGCAGAUUGUUAACAAUAAAUACCUGAGCUACGCUCCCUGGAUCAACUGGCAAGACAUAGUGAGAGACAGCAAUGCUCACGUUGAGAUCAUUGACAAUGGUCAAAAAGUGCCGUGUCAUCCUGACUGUGGUGGUUACUGCUGGGGUCCAAAUAAAGAUCAGUGUCAAAUGUUGACUAAGACGGUGUGUGCACCACAGUGUCACGGGCGCUGUUUUGGUCCCAGUCCUCAGCACUGCUGCAACACUGAAUGUGCAGGAGGCUGUACAGGGCCUAAGGAAACUGACUGCUUUGCAUGCCAGAGUGUGAACUAUUCGGGAGCAUGUGUGCCUCACUGUCCGCAGUCUCACAUUUACAACAAACGCACCUUUCAACUGGAACCCAAUCCAGAUGCCAUGUACCAGUACGGGUCAAUCUGUUUGCACAAAUGCCCUGAUCACUUUGUGGUAGAUGGCAGUGCGUGUGUAAGUGCCUGCCCUCCUGAUAAAAUGGAAGUUGAGAAGAACGGUACAAAGCACUGUGAGCCAUGCAUCGGACUCUGCCCAAAAGUGUGUGAGGGUACAGAUCCCAGUAAGAGCAACAGGCAGACAGUGGACUCCAGUAACAUCGACAGUUUUAUCAACUGUACUAAAGUCCAGGGCAACAUACAUUUUCUUGUCACGGGAAUUAAUGGGGAUCCUUUUAAUAAAAUACCUCCACUUGACCCAGAGAAACUCAGAGUCUUCAGCACUGUAAGAGAAAUAACAGGGAUUUUGAAUGUUCAGUCUUGGCCUGCAGAGCUGAAGGAUUUGUCAUUUUUCUCCAAUCUUACGACUAUACGUGGAAGGUCGCUUCACCUCAGAAAAAGACCCUUCUCUCUGUUGGUGAUGAAGGUGGACUCCCUAACCUCCCUGGGUCUGCGUUCUCUGCGUGAUAUCAGCGACGGCAGUGUGUACAUCAGCAAUAACACUAACCUGUGUUACCAACACACCGUGAAGUGGGAGAAGAUUUUUACGGGCGCCCAAAUCAGGCGCCGACGCAAUCUAAACGACAUCAAGUUCAACAAGCUGCCGAGCGAAUGCGAGGCUGAGGGUUACGUGUGUGAUCCACUGUGUUCGAGCGCCGGUUGCUGGGGUCUCGGACCUGAGCAGUGUCUUUCCUGCAAGAAUCACAGUCGCCACCAUAUCUGUGUGGCCCAGUGUAACAUCUUCUCUGGGGAGCCGCGGGAGUUUGCAGGUCCAACCGGGGAGUGUCAUGCCUGUCAUCCUGAGUGUCUAUCACAGGAGGGGAGAGAAACCUGCAGAGGAGAGGGAGCGGAUAAGUGUGAAGCAUGCUCUAACUUAAUGGAUGGUCCUCACUGUGUGUCCUCCUGCCCUUAUGGAGUGACAGGAGAGAGGGGGCAGGUCAUUUAUAAGUACCCAGAUAAUACAGGACACUGCCAGCCCUGCCACCUGAACUGCACAAGCGGAUGCACCGGUCCGUCUUUGAGCGACUGCAUGGAUGCUCGUCUAACAGCAGAAAGUUCACAUGUUGCAGCUAUAGUAAGUGGAGUGCUGGCUGGUCUCAUCGUGUGCUUGGGUGUCGUGGUGAUGGCGUUGCUGUACCGCCGCGGCCUGGCCAUCCGCCGCAAGAGAGCACUCAGGAGAUACCUGGAGAGUGGCGAGAGCAUCGAGCCACUGGAUCCCGGCGAGAAAGGCACAAAAGUUCACGCUCGCAUCCUGAAAAGUUCCGAACUACGCAAGAGCAAGCUUCUGGGAUCAGGAGUCUUUGGUACCGUACACAAGGGUUACUGGAUACCUGAAGGGGACUCUGUAAAGAUCCCUGUCGCUAUAAAGACCAUCCAAGACCGCAGUGGGCAUCAUGCUUUCACUGAGAUUACAGAUCACAUGUUGUCUAUAGGCUGUCUGGAUCACCCGUAUAUUGUGCGUUUGCUCGGAAUCUGUCCUGGACAAAGCCUGCAGUUGGUCACCCAGCUCAGCACUCACGGGUCGCUGCUGCAGCACCUGCGGCAAAAUGCAAACAACCUGGACCCCCAGCGCCUCCUCAACUGGUGUGUGCAGAUAGCCAAGGGCAUGUACUACCUAGAGGAACAUCGCAUGGUCCAUAGAAACCUUGCUGCUCGGAACGUGCUGAUGAAAAGUGACUACAUUGUGCAGGUUUCCGAUUUUGGAGUUGCAGACCUGCUCUAUCCCGAUGACAAGAAAUAUGUCUAUAAGACUCCAAUAAAAUGGAUGGCAUUAGAGAGUAUUCUGUUUAGAAGAUUCACACACCAGAGUGAUGUCUGGAGUUACGGUGUGACAGUGUGGGAGAUGAUGUCCAAUGGGGCUGAGCCAUACACGUCCAUGCAUUCUAAUGAUGUGCCGGGUCUGCUGGAGAAGGGCGAGCGCUUGGCCCAACCACAGAUCUGCACCAUCGAUGUCUACAUGGUCAUGGUCAAGUGCUGGAUGAUUGAUGAGAACAUCAGGCCAACCUUUAAAGAGUUGGCUAAUGAGUUUACCCGAAUGGCGAGGGAUCCACCCCGCUAUCUUGUUGUCAAGAAAGAUCAAAAUAGUGCUCCGGCAGAAGAGGCCCAUCUGCGAGAACCUCAUCUAGUGAAGGUUGACCUUGAAAGCGAAGAUGAUGAGACAUUGGAUGAUGGCUUUGCCACUCCUCCUCCCCACACGUCUCCUUCGAGGAGUCACUCUCGCAUGCGAAUCAGCUCCUACAGGAGAGCCUCAGACCAAUCUGUACCAAUGGGAUAUCUGCCCAUGAGUUCGAGUGCUGGGGAUGAUCUCAGACAGCUGUGGUCCCAGAGGAAACGUCUAGGCUCGGCGAGAACCACGUCUGAAAGCUCAGAAGGCAGGGGCACAAUGCUGGACAUGGACAUGUGUGAGAUCACCUCUCAAUCUGGAAGUUUACGCAGGGGACACAGCCGAUUAGACAGUGCCUAUCUGUCCAACUGUGUGUCUGUCACAUCUGAUCCCCUUUCACCAGGAAUAGAGCUGGCUGAGGAGGACCCAGAUGGGUAUAUUCUACCCAGAAGUGCUCACAAUUCAGCAAGAGAUGCUCUGGUGAGCCGAUCCAGUUCCAGAGCCAGUCUUCGACACAGCAGGGCAUCCAAAAGCAGCAGGAGUCAACCAAACGCUAUGGCAGAUUCGGUGCAAGAGUACGAGCUAAUGAGCAAACAGCCUGCUACACUCCCUCGAUCACCAGGAGACGUCAAUGGCAGCGGUUCAGCCAAAUUUAACGUCUCCCAACAGUCUUCCUGUGCUGAUCCGGAGACUUGCAGUAGCAGCCUCUUACCGCAUGAGGCUCAACAAACACAAAACCCCACUGAUGAAGACAGUGAAGACAGGCCUGCACUCGUUCCACCAGACAAUGCUGCAGCAUCUGAAAAAGAGCCUUGUGGAGACAGUGCUGACGGUACAGCUCAGGAGGACAGACAGCCACAGCAGGCUGUGGUUGAGUAUGAAUACAUGGACAUAAGAAACGAUUCGAUGAUAGAAAAUGCCCAUGCCAGCUCACGUGAACCCAGAGAAGAAGCCACCUACCAGAACAUUAAUGAGCUCUCUUCAUUUAAAAGAAGGAGCUGCAGGUCAAAUGAGGACAUAGAUGAGACCGAGCAGCUGGACGAAUACGAGGACAUGAAUGCACGAGGGAAUGCUUGUGCCUCAGGUGUUGAUUUCGAAUACCAAAACUUUCCAGCCAAGGGGAGAAUGGUGUCAGGAGAAGAGCCACACCUGGUUAAAAUAAGGGCCUUCACAGGCGCAUGUGCAGGUGUGGAUGAAAAGAACAGCAACAUGUCUUUUGACAACCCAGACUACUGGCACAGCAGAAUGUUCCACAAAUCAGAUGCAGUAUGCACAUAAUAAAACAUCAAUGCAUGAAGUCUAGAACUGUGGCAGCUGGUUUGCUCACCAGAGACCUUGAUUUUUUUUCUCAACCAUACAUCAGGAUUUAAAAAUUGACAUAGAAAUGAACAUACAUUCUCACACAUACUCAUUAAUACGCCUGUCUAUUGUGUGUAAUUUAGCAUGUAAAAAUAUGUUUCUUUUUUUAUUCAAUACAUUUGUGAUUAAAGUCGAAUGUUAACAAUAUAUUGAUACUCUAAUCAAAGUUCAAGUUGUAGUGAGUGAUUUCAGCACACUUUUUGUAAUACGUGGGGAAAAAAAGGUGUUCUCAGAUUUUGGUAGCUGUCAGUAACAUAUCUACUUAGUGGGGAAAAGCAUGUAUUUCUCACAUCCUAGAGAUCAGGACAGCACUGCUUCCCUUUCAAUCAUGUUUUUAGAAACUGAAUCACCAUUUAGACUCUCAGCCUAUUUAUUUAGUCUCAAAGCAGCUCUGUUAUGUUAACUUCCAUUCAGGUGUAGUUUCUUGCUAAUAAUUACAUGUGAGUACACUGUUCAGUAAAGUUUUUGUGGUCUUAAAAAGUCAUGUAUCUGUGAUCCUGGACAAAUGACAAUGAAUGUCUUGCUGUUUUCCCCAGAUGUAGCUCUGCAUUUUAAAGUGUGAAAUGAAAAAUAAUCAUGUGUUUUAUUCUGAAAAAAUGACUCAGGCAAUAGACUGUAAGGAUGGACUUUGGUGUAUCCAGCAGGAUUUGUACUCUUAUACAUAAAAAAAAAAAUAGGAGGAUUUACAAUAAAUGGUUACUUUUG